AUGACGCAACCGUGGGACUACAUCGCGAAGAUAGUCUCGCUAGGAGACUCCGGCUGCGGAAAGUCCAGUCUCACCAUCCGCCUCUGCGAAGGCCGCUUCUCCCCCCACCACGAUGUCACCAUCGGCGUCGAAUUCGGCUCCCGCAUCGUCCCCGUUGGCCCGCCCGCAUCCCACACCCUCUCCAUAAACAACCCCUCCAAAUCCGAUUCUACACCCGCGCCCGCCAAGAACCAGAAGCCUCCGGAACAGAAGCACAUGAAGCUUAGCUUAUGGGACACCGCGGGCCAGGAAACGUACAAGAGCAUUACGCGGAGUUAUUUCAGGGGCGCGAGCGGCGCGCUGUUGGUGUUUGAUAUCUCGAGGAAGAAUACGUUUCUUAGUGCGACGAGCUGGCUUCAUGAUCUGAGACAAAUUGCGGAGGAGAAUAUUGUGGUUGUGCUUGUGGGGAAUAAAUCAGAUCUUGCGUCAGCGAGUACGGUCUCGGGGGAGAGCGAAGCAGACAACAAGAGGCAGGUUUCGAAAGAGGAGGCAGAGGAGUGGUGCAAGGCGAAUGGUGUGAUGCAGUACGUUGAGACGUCUGCGAAGUCGGGUGAGGGCGUUGAGCGCGCUUUCUUAGAGGUCGCAGAGCGGAUAUACCAGAACAUUGAAGCCGGUAGAUAUGACCUGAACGACAGGAGAUCAGGCGUGAAAGGGCCCGGAGGCGGAGGCGGAAACAAUGCGAAGAUAAAUCUGGGAAUGAACGACGGAAGGGGAAAUAAAGCGCAAGGAGGGAAGUGCUGUUGA